AUGAUACAGUACAAUGGCGUAGUCAAUAACUACAACAAGGAAGACAAGACAAUAGAACAACGAAAUCAGUCCUCCACACUUCAUCUCCGCAAACUAGACAAUUGGGUAAAGCUCUACUUAAUUCAGGAAUACUGCAGAAACUGCAAGAGAGUCUUGGAUCUAGCUUGUGGCAAAGGAGGAGAUCUUCAGAAGUGGAGAGAGCAUAACAUUAAGGAUUAUGUCGGAGUCGAUAUAGCCGACCGUUCCAUUGCUGAUGCAGUUGUUCGGUUUAAGAAUAUGAAAAACCCAGAGUUUUGUGCUCGUUUCGUUGUGGCGAACAUCGGUCAAAUCAAUCUGACGGACGUUUUGCAGCAAGGAGAGAUGUUUGACAUUAUAAGUUGCCAGUUUGCACUUCAUUAUAUGUUCGAGUCGGAAGCGAUGAUUCGAAACUUUCUUAGCAACGUCAGUCUUUUUCUCAAGCCUGGCGCUGCGUUCGUAGCCACUCUGUGCGAUUGCGAUGCGAUCGUGCGGUGCUUUCGAUGUCUAGCGCAUCGCGAAGGCGAGGAAUGGGUGUGGAGAGUGAGCCGUCGCAACGACUUUACGAAUAGAACUCCAUCUGCUGCAUUGCCAUUGAUCAGGAAAACUACGAAAAAAUCGAUCAUAUCGAUGAGAAUCCGUAUGGUAUUCGCUACAGCUUCACUCUGGCCGAGUCGGUGGAUGAUGUUCCGGAAUACCUCUCGCCAUUGUCGUGUAUCGAAUCGCUUUGCGAAGAAUACGGACUUGUCGUGGAAAAGAAAGUGAACUUCAAUGUAGCAAUGAGGGAGCGUUGUUAUGGGUAGGAGUACAUUCAGAACAGCCUCAAGACAAAUGACGAUCGGACCAAGUUUUCGAGUAUGGGAGUGCCGAACAUCAAUGGGGUUAUUAGCAGGGACGAAGUGGAUGUCGCUCUGCUCUAUUGCGUGUUGGUUUUGCGACAGCCCAACAACGAUGAGGACCUAAUGGACGAUGUAAGCGAUGAGGUGCUUGGGAAAUCGAAUCGGGACAUCUCAGAGCAAGAUAUUAUUAAUGCAAUGAAUU